GCAAGCUGAGCGAGAUUUCCGGUUUGAGCAGAGUAACUAGAAGUGAAGACUAGCGAGGAAAAGGUUUAUUGUGCUUGUGGUGGGAGGUUGUUAAAGACUACAUAAGUACAUUCUGUCAGUUAUUCGUCUUAUUCAGAGGUAGAGGCGGAGUAAAUUAAAGUUCAAUCGCGUGUAUUAUAUUCAGAAGCAGAACUGCGAAGGAAGAUUUAGCAAUGGCAGAUAGCGAAAACACAAGUCCACCUCAACAAGGUGCAGUGCAGUAUAUGUUGAACAACAAAUUGGAGACCGCUAUGUGGCUCUCGCGCUUGUUCACAGUCUACUGUUCAGUUUUAUUCAUCCUACCACUCUUAGGACUGCAUGAGGCUGCAAAUUUUUAUCAGCGCGCCUUACUGGCCAACGCUCUGACCAGCGCUCUCCGGCUGCACCAACGACUUCCGCGUUUCCAGCUGAGCAGAGCCUUUCUGGCCCAGGCCUUGCAAGAAGACAGUUGUCAUUACCUGCUCUACUCUCUCAUUCUUGUCAACUCCUACCCAGUCACAAUGAGUAUCUUUCCAGUCUUUCUCUUCUCCCUGCUUCAUGCUACAACGUACACAAAAAAAGUCCUUGAUACAAUGGGCCCUAACAGCUUGGCCUUUGUGAGGAGUUUCUUGAACAAGCUGACAGCCAACCAGCAGAACAUCUUGAAAUUCAUUGCCUGCAAUGAAAUCUUCUUAAUGCCAGCCACUGUAUUUAUGUUAUUCAGUGGCCAGGGGAGUUUAUUGCUACCUUUCAUCUACUAUCGGUUUCUCACCCUCCGCUACUCAUCCAGGAGAAAUCCUUAUUGCCGCACACUCUUCACUGAGCUACGCAUCCUUCUAGAGCACUUCAUCAUGAAGCCGUCAUGCCCGGCCUUCCUCCGGAGGAUGUGUCACAGCAGCAUUGCUUUCGUCAGCCGCCUGGCUCCUACGGGGGUCUGACCACAGACUGUCGCCGGAUGUUGGGAUCUCUCUCCAAAGCAACUUUCCAGCACUGGGGGGAAAAAAAGGACAGUUUGUCUGUUAGAAUGUCAAGGUGGUGUUCCUGCUGCUUUCUGUCAUUAGGUUAGAGUGAAAAUCCAAGUAAAAAAAACGCUGAAAUCAAUUCCACCUCCAAAAAUAAGCCUCUUUGGGGAAAAUACCAUUGUCCACUACUUGUAUAUUAUCUGCUUUGAAUAUUGUAAGUUUAUUUCCACCCCCCCCCCCCUCCCAGUUAAACCAGAGUUAGAAAAAAAAAAUCGGUCAGUUGGAAUCGUUUCUGUGGUGUGAAGAGAAGUUGGAUCCGCUGUAAUACUAACACUGUAAACUAAAGUUUUUUUUAAUGCCAAUCUGUAAACAGGUUUAUUAUGGACAUACAAGCAGUAGGGGAUGGGAGAAGUUUAUGCAUUUGCCUGGUAUAGAUUGUGUUUCAUUUUAAAUGGUAAGAAAUCUGAAAAUAAAGUCAGUGGCUAUAAAGCAUGCAGAAUUUUUGCUUUGUUUUUAAAGAACAACAUUUUCUCAGCGUUUAAGCCGAACUAAUGUCUGAUAUGUACAAACCUGUAUGUCCUGUGCUAAUUUAUACAAAAAUGUUAUUUUUGUGUAAUAUUUUUCAGUUUGAUGUCAUUGGAGUUUUUUUUUUUUCCAGACUAAUUUAUCUGCAUGUUAUGAUUUCGUCUGCGGUUCCACCAAUGAUUACACUGCAUUUUAAUGUGUGGUGUAUCAGUGGGUAUUACCAUUGGAAGGGUUGUUUGGCCAUUUUGUGAUUGUAGGCAUGGCUGAACAAAUACACAUUUGCAUUGUUUUGGAUGUCUCCAAUUCUGAUGUGUACACUUACAUGGUCUACGAUAAAACUCGGUUACUAGGAAAGUUUUGGACAGUUAUUGUGAAGUUUGGAUAGUAAUAUAUUGCCAUUCGUAGAUUAUAUAAUUGCUAGUGACAGCCCUUUUUAAUGACUUGCUGGGGGCUCAAGGGCCAUGUUUUUGGCAAUAAACAAUUCCUUGAAAAGCUUC